CCGGACCUCAGACAUCGGCGGAUUCCACCGUUCCUGGACGGUACCAGCCACGAUAAUCGACUGCCUUCCCUAGACAAGAGCCACAGGAAAACGGGCUCCCCUCUCCAGCUCCCCUCUCCACGCCGAGGACCUCGUAGUUACCAUGUCGAACUUGCCGCCCAACGUCCACGUCUCGCAGCACCCCUGCCUCCUCGCAAAGCUCAGCCAGUUGCGGUCCCAGAGUACGCCCGCCCGGGAUGUGAAGGCGCUCAUACACGAGAUCUCCCUGAUCGUGGGGUGCGAGGCAUUCGCCAAGGGCCUUAGCAGCCGCCCGGGCCCAACCGACCAAACGCCGCUGGGCUUCGAGUUCCAAACCCACCAAGUCCUCCCCAGCACCAUCUCCCUCGUGCCCAUCCUCCGCUCCGGCCUGGGCAUGGUUGAAGCCAUCCAAACCCUCCUGCCCAACCCCGUCCCGGUCCACCACCUGGGCCUCUUCCGCGAGCCGACGACGCUGCAGCCGGUCGAGUACUACAACAACCUGCCGAACCACAUCUCCGGGCCAUCCGGGUCCGGGGCCGUGUCCGGCGCUGAGGCUGAGGCGCCGCCGAGCCUCGCCGUGAUCCUCGACCCGGUCAUCGCCACGGGCGGCACCUGCGCUGCCGCCAUCCAGACGCUGCGCGAGUGGGGCGCCCAGCGCAUCAUGGUGCUGUCCGUGCUGGGCGCCGCGCCCGGCGUGAGGGCGGCCGCGGCUGAGUGGCCUGAAGGCGUGGAGAUCUGGCUGGCCGGGGUGGAUGAGGAGUUGACCCCGGGAGGCAUGUUGAAGCCUGGCUUGGGGGAUGUGGGGGAUAGGCUGUUUCUGACGAUUGGGAAGUAACUAUCUACCUAGGCUAAGUUGGGGAGGUAAACUGGCUUCCAAUAUGGGGUGGUGGCGAGUGGGAAUAGAUUGAUUGGUCUUUCAUUUGUGGAGGCUACAUUCCUUGUGACUUGGGUGAUGCUUCGGUGCUUCGUUCACCAG